CUGUGAACGUGUAGGAAGUCUUUCUCAGUCUCGUUUCAGGGCGUAGUUUGUCAAUGAGCAACUGAAUAUUAUAUAAAAACAAGAAUUCAAAUAGUUGGGUUUGACAAUGGGGAGCGGAGUGUUCCAGGCAUUUAGGGAACCUGGCCAACCCACCUAUUAUGGAGAAAACAGGUGGCCUGUUACAGCGGAUACGGUGGUGUAUGGAAUUCUCUAUGGAUUUCUGACAGUUGCCUUUUGUUUCUAUCUUACUAUCAUAGGAAUAAGAGGAAAAGAUAGGCUUUAUAUUUUUGUCCGUGUUACCAUCAGCCUUUUUAUUGGAGCUGUGAUUUUAAUCUGCAAUUUCGGCUAUGGCUGGGAAUAUGGAUCAGUGAAGGCAACGACUCCUUACAAAUCUUUUAUCAACGAACAGGUGAAAGCAGAAAUCGGACUAAAAGUCGGCUUGAGAGGAAUCAACGUGACACUUCGCGGUAUACCACAGACACAAUUAAAUGAGACAAUCAAUUACAAUGAGCGAUUUUCCUGGGAGUGGGCUCAAGGAAAACCAGGAUUUGAUGAAGAUGCUGGUCAACUAAACAAAGAAUACCGCGCUGCUCAAUGGAAAGGUCUGCCCUAUCCCAUACUGUGGGCAGUGGAAUACUUCACUAUAGACGUAGGGAACUUCCGCUACGGCAGAUAUUACAGAUUAGCAGGAUGGUAUUGUCACAUUGCUAUGUGGAUGGCUUUCCCACUAUGGCUUCUGUCUAAUAUUUUAUUCUUCAUGGUGAUUCGCUACGGGGCUUAUUUUCUUAGUUUGACGGGCGGAUGUCUGUUGUUAUCCAAUAUUCUCUUCGCAGCGGUCCGAAAUGCCGUCCCCAUGGAUUUGCGCUUUCAAUCAAAAGCCUUGGUUCUGCAUUAUGAUUGGUGCUUCUGGUUGGUCUUAUUCACAGGUCUUUUAUGCGAGGUAUUGACAGCCGUGACUAUUUUCAUGGAUUUACGUUUCCCAGAGGAAAUUGCUAUAUUUUUUGGUAUUGAUAUUCUUCAAGAUUAUGAAGAUUACUAUGCUGAUCCAGCUGAACUUGGUCUCGUUCCUCCAAAAGUAAUCGCCGGAACGUCUGAAGAAGCAGAAGGAACUUUUCUUAGAAGAACGUCUCAAAAGGAGGUUUGCGCUCUUCGCAAAAGGACAGCAUCCAGUCGUUUCCAAAGGUCGUCGCAGCGUCGCCCCGUCCCAGCGCCCAGGGAUACAGAUCGCCUCAUCAAAGGGCAAACGAAGAGGGCUUCGGAGCUACCAGUUUACGAGAACCUGAAUCUCACACGUUAUGGAACUAUAGGCGAAACACUGCACGAGUAGUGAUCGAUCAUCUAUUACGAAAGAAAUUUGAUCCUAUUGGUGAAGAAGAUGAAACGAAGGACGGAUCAUUUGAAAAAAUUCUCCUCAGAGACAUCAAAAGUUUGAAUGAAGGAUGAAACGAACAAAAAAAAAAAAAAAAAGUCUCAGAA